AUGGAUCCCCGCAGCGAGGACGGCGGAAAUGGACCAUCUAAUACCGCUGCGCAGCCGCCGCCUCUCCGGCGGCGACUAUCGAUGGAGGAGGAUUAUUUCUACCAGGAAGUCAUGACUUCCCCUUUCCGACGACCAUCACUGCCGCCACCAUAUGAGCGAGAUGCUAAACCAAGACGACCGGUGGCACCCAGGGUCAACUCACAACAUGGAGUUGGGGAGGACUUGCCAGGCUAUUCGUGCGACAUCGAGUUGGAGGGUGUAUGGGUGAAGAAGAUGGAAAUUGAAAACACAACCAAACGGGCAGAGGACAGAAAUUGGCACACCACUAUCGUACAACUACGAGGCACUGCAUUGAACUUUUACAACGUGAAGAAGGAUUGGGGAUGGGGCAGGACGAGAGACGGACCGACCAUCUCGCCCGACAACCCGCCGUGGGUGCGAAAGGCUUCUCUCGACAGAGCGUACAGUCUUCAGCACGCCGAUAUUGGUAUUGCUGCCGAUUACAAGAAGUAG